GUCUCACGCGUAGAAGAGAAUUUUUUUUGAAUUAGUUUUAUUUUAUUAAAAAGCUGCUGAAAAGGAGGAAAAAAUCAUGGAAAAUGUAUGGGAAAUGGAGAAAAUUGAUAAAUGUUCCAAAGAAGAGAUUUCUCAGAGAAAUAAAGGGAAAGGAUCAUCCAGCAGGAAGAAGCAAAUAAAGUUUUGUGCUUCUCAGACACGCUAUCAAUCGGUUAUCAGAGUGGCAAAGGAUAUGGGUUUUAGGCUAGUCAAUAUGGACGAUGCAUGGAAUAUUCUCUGGUCAGAUGGUUCUCCGUCGCUGGAAUUUAUUCGUCAAAUGAAAUCCUUUCAGCGAAUAAAUCAUUUUCCGGGUAUGCAAGAACUCUCCAUGAAACGCUGCCUGGCACGGAAUCUCAAUCGAAUGAUUCGCUCCUUCCCGGAGGAAUAUGCCAUCUUUCCGCGCACGUGGUGCCUCCCGAUGGAGAUUAAUGAGGCCCAAGAGUACAGUCGAAGUCAUCCCUCCACGGUGUUCAUCCUGAAGCCCGAUCAUGGAUCACAGGGACGGGGAAUUCGACUUUGUAGGAAUCUCAGGGUGAGCUCAAUGACCCAGGAGAAGGUCAUUUGUCAGGAAUACGUAAAGACUCCCCUCUUGGUGGAUGGAUUCAAAUUCGACAUGAGAGUCUAUGUGCUGAUCAGUGAUAUGGAUCCACUGAGGAUUUAUGUCUACAACGAGGGCCUAGCACGUUUUGCAACAAAUAAAUAUCGCCAACCGACGCUCUCCAAUAAAGGGGAUAUUUUUAUGCAUCUCACAAAUUACUCCCUCAACAAGAACAGCCUAACUUUCUGCCUUGACACAGAGAAUGGCAGCAAAAGGACCUUUGCUGUUCUCAAUAGAAUUCUCCACGAAGAUGGGAUUAAUGUGAAGAAAUUGUGGGAAGAAAUUGACGAUGUGAUCCUCAAGACGAUCUUUAGUGCCUACACGACACUCCGGCACGUCUACAAGGCAACAUUUCACAAUCAUCGCACACGAUCGGGGGCUUUUGAAGUUCUUGGGUUUGAUAUAAUCAUCGAUAAGAAGCUUAAACCCUUUAUCCUGGAAGUCAAUCAGAGUCCAAGUUUCCACACUGAUCAAGAUGUUGAUUUGGAAGUAAAAUGUUCCCUCAUUAGGGACACAUUUCGUCUCUUGCUCACCUCAAGACGCAAUUGUGGGAAUUUCCGUCUCCUCUGGCCGAAUCCCCUCAAGAGCAGCUACACGCAGUUCUUAGAACAUCCAUCAUCUCUCUUUGCCACCACCAAGAGCGCACAGAUUCGCCAGGAGAUGGCACAGAAUAUGCGUGAGAGGCUCCAGAAAGCACAGAAUAUCGCAGAAGUGCCCACAAAAGCCCUUCAGCAGCAGCCCUCAAAGGAAGUUCACAAUGAUUGGGAAUCGCUCCAUAUUGAGGAUAUCCGUGCCAAUGAUCACGAUCGUACCUAUGCGCUGGCCCAGAGGAAUACCAUGAUACGCAUAAGUGGCAUCCAAUAUGUUAUUCUGCAGAAUAUGUUUGAGAAUGAUCUCCUCACGUGGAGUGAUCGCGUGAAAUUUGAACCAAUCAUUGAGAGAUUGCGCUCAAGUGAUGAACCAAUGGAAUUCACCUUCCUGGACAUUGAUGGAUGCCACCUUAGGCGUAUACCUACACUACGGGGUGUACGUAAAAAUCGCACCACAAUGCUACGAGAGAUCUCUCGCACAAUUACGGCCUAAAUUUCCUUUUUCCUUCUUUUUUUUUGCUAAAGCGAAAAGAAAAUUCUCAAUGAUGAAAAAUUGGGAUGUUUGCGAAUAAAAUAUUAAUAAAAUUA